CUUUUUGUUGCGCUGAUUUGACAUUGCUGUGUUGGCGGGGACCCGUUGCGCGCCUUAAGUCGACGGAGCUGAAUAAUAAGCAAAAAAUCUCUUUACUCUUACGAGAGUAAUUGUAUCAUUUAGACCACUCGCUUUCUGUUCUAAAGGAAAAUAUGCGUGAGUGCAUCUCCAUCCACGUGGGCCAGGCGGGAGUGCAAAUUGGCAAUGCAUGCUGGGAACUCUACUGCCUGGAGCAUGGCAUCCAGCCCGAUGGCAAUAUGCCGAGCGACAAGACCAUUGGUGGCGGGGACGACUCCUUUAACACUUUCUUCAGUGAGACGGGCUCGGGGAAGCAUGUGCCCAGGGCUGUGUUUGUGGACCUGGAGCCGGCUGUCAUUGAUGAGGUUAGGAGCGGAGCGUACCGUCAGCUCUUCCACCCUGAGCAGCUCAUCUCUGGAAAGGAAGACGCGGCCAACAACUACGCCCGCGGCCACUACACUGUGGGGAAGGAGAUAAUCGACACAGUCCUGGAGCGCGUGCGCAAACUGACAGACCAGUGUACAGGGCUGCAGGGCUUCCUCAUCUUCCACAGCUUCGGUGGGGGCACGGGCUCAGGGUUCACCUCCCUUCUAAUGGAGCGUCUGUCUGUGGACUAUGGCAAGAAGUCCAAGUUGGAGUUUGCCAUCUACCCGGCCCCCCAGAUCUCCACGGCUGUGGUGGAGCCCUACAAUUCCAUCCUGACCACCCACACCACCCUGGAGCACUCUGACUGCGCUUUCAUGGUCGACAACGAGGCCAUCUACGACAUCUGCCGCAGGAACCUGGACAUUGAGCGCCCCACCUACACCAACCUGAACCGGCUCAUCGGCCAGAUCGUGUCGUCGAUCACCGCUUCCCUGCGCUUUGACGGGGCCCUGAACGUGGACCUGACAGAGUUCCAGACCAAUCUGGUUCCCUACCCCCGCAUCCACUUCCCCCUGGUCACCUACUCGCCCAUCAUUUCUGCUGAGAAGGCCUACCACGAGCAGCUGUCGGUGGCCGAGAUCACCAGCGCCUGCUUUGAGCCGGCCAAUCAGAUGGUGAAGUGCGACCCGCGCCACGGCAAGUACAUGGCCUGCUGCAUGCUGUACCGCGGUGACGUGGUGCCCAAGGACGUCAACGCCGCCAUCGCCAACAUCAAGACCAAACGCUCCAUCCAGUUUGUAGACUGGUGUCCCACUGGCUUCAAGGUGGGCAUCAACUACCAGCCCCCCACCGCGGUGCCCGGAGGAGACCUGGCCAAGGUGCAGAGGGCCGUGUGCAUGCUGAGCAACACCACUGCCAUCGCCGAGGCCUGGGCCCGCCUGGACCACAAGUUCGACCUGAUGUACGCCAAGCGGGCCUUCGUGCACUGGUACGUGGGAGAGGGCAUGGAGGAGGGGGAGUUCUCCGAGGCACGGGAGGACCUGGCGGCCCUGGAGAAGGAUUACGAGGAGGUGGGCACGGACUCUGUGGAAGGGGACGAGGAGGGCGAGGAGUACUAGGAGUCGUCCUGCCAAUGUGUCAUUGCCAGAGAAAAGGGAUCACGGUCUUGUCUGUCUUCUGAACCUGUCCACUAAAAUGUCUUAUACUGUCCUUCUCCAAGGGCCAAUUGCAGAAAACUGUUGAAUUAUUACCUGGUCUGUGAGCCGACCAUGUUACAGCUGUGAUAUCCAUUUGGGCUGCAGUUCCGCUACUUGUUUGCAGUUUUGAGCAUGGUGUCUUCCAAAUGAAUCAUUUUUAAUUCCUUCUCUACUUUGCAAUUGACCCUCUGUACUUUUGAAUAAACACCGUGCACAAACA